UAGAUUGUCAUUGGUCGGUUUUUGUCAUGUGACAUACAUGUUUACAUCCGGGCUCUCAAAGAUUAACUUCCGGAGCUGCGCAGUGUUCGUCAGCUGACAGUUGUGAUCAACCAGAGGGUUAACAUCUUAACUGAAGAGACCUGAACGUUAGAAAGAAAAAAGGACUCUCUGGCUUUGCUCGCCCUUUUCCGCUACGAGGAAGAAAGGGACAGCUGUUAACGUAAUAAGCGGCCAUAUCCUUUGGCUUUCCGCCGGAAUGAGUGUAGGCGCUCCGAGAGGCCUGGCCAGCUCGGGGCAAAAGCCCAUUACAGAGAUCCUCCACCCGCUGUCCGCAACCGAGGAGCCGCUGUCCCCGGCGCCAGAUGUCACCAUCAGCGUCAGAGAGGACAAGGAAGUGGGGCUGACCAACGGCAUGCCGGUUGAGGUGCCGAGUCCCGCCACUGCCUCGCAGCUGCUUAACAGGCUGCAGCUGGACGACAACCUGGACGCGGACGCUAUAGACCCCUACGCCUCCAGAGAGACCCGUGACCUUCUCGUCACCGUUGAUGACCCAAAGAAACACGUCUCCACCAUGGAGACAUACAUCACCUACAGAGUCUCCACCAAGACAACAAGGAUAGAGUUUGACCUGCCGGAGUACUGCGUCCGACGACGCUACCAGGACUUUGACUGGCUGAGGAUAAAGUUGGAGGACAGCCAGCCGACCCACCUCAUCCCCCCGUUGCCCGAGAAGUUUGUGAUGAAGGGCGUGGUGGAUCGUUUUUCAGAGGAGUUUGUGGAGACGAGAAUGAAAGCUCUGGAUAAGUUCCUGAAGCGAGUUGCGGACCAUCCCGUCCUAUCAUUUAACCCCCAUCUUAAUGCUUUUCUCACUGCCAAGGACCUGAAUAAGCGUCAAGGUCUGGCCCUGUUGACCAAGGUGGGCGAGUCAGUGAAGCAUGUGGCAGGGGGAUACAAGCUGCGGGCGAGACCGGCUGAGUUCUGUGCCAUGGGAGAGUACCUGGAGACUUUCAGCCAGAAACUGGGAACCAUCGAUCGCAUUGCUCAGAGGAUCCUCAAAGAGCAGUCAGAGUACCUAACAGAGUUACGCGAGUACGGAUCUGUAUACUCCAGCUGGGCAGGCUCGGAAGAGGAGCUGCGGCGCCCCCUAGAGGGUGUGGCCGGUUGCGUGACGACGUGUUGCGGAGCGCUGGAGGACCUGAGUGAGAACAUGAGCCAGGACUUCCUGCCUGUACUUAGAGAAUACAUUCUUUAUAUCGAGUCCAUGAAGAAUGUUUUGAGGAAGCGAGAUCAGACUCAAGCAGAGUACGAGGGCCGUCUUGAAGCAGCCAUAUUGCGCAAACAAGAGGACAGAACGCCUAUACCAGUGGAGGUAGAGAAAUGCCAGGACAAAGUGGAGUGUUUCAACGCAGACCUAAAAGCAGACUGGGAGCGCUGGCAGAGCAACAAGAGACAAGACUUUAAACAGCUUCUAAUCGGCAUGGCCGACAAAAAUAUCAACUAUUAUGAAAAGUGUCAGACGGCAUGGGAGUCACUCAUAACUCUCCUCCAGGAUAAACAGACUGAGGAAGAAAUGAGUGACACGAACUGAAACAUGUCAUUUUUGUCUCUGUACAAACACACACACUCUCAUGCCAAGGAAAGACCAACGCAGCAACAGAUUUUAACUGCAGAACUUUGCCUCUGUUCUCCAGUGAGACAAUUGUAUGGAGGGGAGUCAUGCACAGAUGAUCCUGUGAAGGAGGUAACGAAUGAAGGAUUGAAGGACAGCUGGAAGAGAAGAAAAACUUAUAUAUAGACACCCCUCCCCACCCUCUUCUUUUUUUUUUUUGGCUGCUUUUCCUAUGAACAUUUUCUACUUCAUAGUUCCAGCUAACACUCGGUUGCCAAUGCUGGUUGUGUUUAUUUAACCAGUCUUGGAAAGACACAUUUUUAUUCUACUCUCCAUUUUCACUUUGAUCCAACUAAGAAGGGAAACUCUUGUGGAAAGCUUUGCCUUUAAAGGCAGAUUACGGAGCGAGAGUAUGAACUUUCAUAAGUUUACGUAUACAAAGAUUUUUUUUCUCCUGCUGAUUGUAAAAUCCUCUGAAAACAUAACGCUAAAGCUUUGUACUUAAACAAAUCAAAUCCAAAGAAGGUCCAUACCCAUUAUUUCUCAAUAACUCACCCCUUAAUUUCCAUAUAUUCUCCUGUCCCUGAUCAUUUUCCAAUAGAUCAUUAACUGUAAUCCAGUUUCUCUUCCAGCUAGCUAGCAGCCACUUGAAGCAUGCUGUGGUGUGUAUGUUUGGGUUCCACCAGUGAGGGUACUGACGGUUGUCAAGGUUAAAAUAUGUUGGUUUUUCAAUGGAAAACUUGAGGAAUUCUCAGCUAAUUUGGCCUCCACACACUUACAGAUAAGUGGAAAGCAGGCCGAGCUGCGUUGAACCCUGACAGCACUUAUGUGUGCGUGUGUGUGAGCAGCAUGCUGAGGUUUAUCAGGGAGGAGAGUUUAUGGAAGGUCGAUAAAAGCUGAGCACAAAUACAGAGAUUAGAUUUAUUUUUUAAAGAAUACAGAGCAGCAGCUCCACCUUGUGGUGAAGCUCUUAAUGGUUUUCCUUUUAUUCUUUUGAUACUGGUACGUGUUUUGGUUUCUCUCCAUAUGAUAAUUUGUCAUGGCUGUUUAGGCCCACUGCAGACUGGGAUUCCACCAGUUUUUAUGAGGUAAACAGAACGGUAUGUGGAUAAUAGAGACUGCAUUGGUACUUUUGUUCGUUUAUGCUCUGUCAGCACAUGAAAACAUUUGACUUUUGUUGAGGAAAUAUGCUUCAGUUACAAAAAUUCAGGACAUGACCUGUCACUAUACAAUAGACAGAGUUGAGAGCUAUCAGUGGAACAUCUGUCUACAAAAGAAUUACUGGAAUAUGACUUAAAAAGACUGGAAAACUUAAAAAGUAGAUAAAAGGGAGGCUAGAAAAAAAGUUGUGAAACUCCUUUCACUGUAAUACAAUUUAGACUUGAAAUUUAAAAGUUGGAAUUUAUUAUGAGACUAAAUAAGUCAGAAAAGUGAAAGUCCUGUUUCAGUGUAGUUUGGUGAAACUCUGGCACAGCAGUUUGAUAUUGUGCUUUUGUCUGCAGACUCGGAGAACAUUGCAGUGCUGCAGCUCAGUAGCAUUCUUUGGAUCCCACGUUUUUUUGUUACCUUGUUAUGUAUUUGGAGUUGCUUUAAUGGAAAAAUAACCCCACACUUCAUCACAUUAAUUAAAAUUUUCCCUGUUGAUCAGAAAUGGUUUUCAGCAGCAGGAAGAAGAUGAAGCUCAGAGUUUUUUCCCUUCAACUGUACGGCUAGACCAUAAAAAAGUAGCAAAGACUUGACCAAUGAAACCAGACCAGACAUCACCACAGAUGUUUUUUUUUAGUAGUAGUUUUUAUUGAUGCCAGAUUAUCUGUCCUUCUUGUAACCAUACUUAAGAUUUAUAAUUUGUAUAAUUUGUUUUGUCUUCCUCAGCUAUGGUUUCCUCUUAUUUUCAGAUAUCAGUAAGGGGGCACACAAAAAAAUUUAAAUAAAUGAAAUUACAUUUUCCUUUUAGCCAUUUUGAAACCAGAUGAAGCAUUGUUCAGAUCACUCUGAUUCAAACUUAGAGCAGCUAAAAUAAAGGUUCUGUUCUACGGAUGCACUGAUGCCUAAAGGCAAAGUUAUCAAUUUUACAAAGAAAAACAGCAAAAUUCAAAUACACAAUAAAGAAAAGAGUCAACACUCCAAACAAGGUGUCUGGAUGGCCUGUUUUUUUUGUUUUGUUUUGUUUUGUUUUUUUUUUCUAUAUAAUGCUUACCUUAGAUCAAUUUAAUCUCCACAGUACUUUUAUUAAAAGGACACUUCAGGUAUGUUUAAAGUUUUUAGUGGUUUAGAAAAACGUAUACCCGCAAACAAAGCAGUUUUCUCUCUUGCUUACUUGGAAAGAACAUUGAAAUUAACUGGUUUUAUAAAGCUGAUGCUUUAUAAAAAAAUGGAGCCAUUUUUGAUUGAAUCAAGGAAAAUCUUAGCAAAUGUGAAAUAAAUGUGUUUCUUUCCAAGAAAAUUCUACAUUUUUCUCUUCUACUUCAGUCAGUAGCUACUGCUCACUGUAACACUAAUCCUGGUGCUCGAUUUCGAUGUGAGAAAUGUAGAAUAAAAAAAUAAGCAAACAAAUCUGAACAUUUCUGUUAACACAUGGAAGGUAAAUUUGGUCCUGUUUGGUUUACUUGAUUGUACUUUCUAUAACUAAGUACCGUGAGUAGUUGCAGUUUGAGUCAUUGUAAAAAACAAAUGGGUAUUUGUGCAUCCGUAGACCUUUGUUGGUUAAAUGAAGUAGCAAUUUUGACACUUUACAGAAAUAAGACUAGCUAUAAAUGUCUAUAAAAAUACAGGAGAGCAUUGCUGGGGUUUUAUGAGUAUGUGAAGAUAAGUUGCAUAUUUUUGAAGGGACUGGAGAUGAGCACUAAUGUAAUUCAGAUAUGAGAUGAAUUUCAUUGUAAAUGCACAUGGGAACCUCAACAGUAGGUAUGUUUUAUGUGCUUACUGUACUCCUUAAUCAUAGCCAUUGGAAAAGCCCCAUCCUAUACUGUGUGCCUGCUGGUUUUGUUGGGGUUUUUUGCACUACACAUGUAAUUGCAGCUUCUUAAAUAAUAAUUUACAUUUCUUUGGUUUGCCAAAAAUUGACAAACUGACUGGUCUCAAGUUGGUAAAGACAUGUUUAUGGUCUUUUAUGUUUAAAGAAAAUCUUUCUAAGCCAAAUGUUCUCAUCUUCUCUUCCCUUCGUCCCUGUGAAGAAUCACACAUGAAGAUAAAAAUCUGAUUUUCAGCAGGGGAUCAACCAGUAGAACCUGUAUGGAAGUCAGAUGAGUUACAGACGUGUGAAUCCGAUCUUCGGUCUUCUGUUCUGCUCCAGUGUGUAUUGUUUACGUUCCUUAUUGUAUAUUUGAAUGUUAAUAACAUUUUGUUGUAAUUAAAGAAGCUUGUAUACGGAUGUUUUGAUGCAAUUUAUCUUUACAGCGAAGUUUUUUUUGUCUAAUAUAUUGGACCAAUAAUAAAAAGAAAAGUUUGAUAUUUUA